AUGUUUCAACUAAAUGCCUUUUAUUUGUAGGAACAAAGAUCAAAUUCAUCACCGCUGUCUCAGAGGCAUUUUCAGUUCUCAGGCAGGCGCAACUGGAAUGCAGCAAAAGACUUGCAGAGAUACAGACAUCAUUACCCGGAUUUGGUAGAAUCAGAAAAUCAGGAGGAAGAAGAGAUGUGGAACUUAAGCUUUUAUAAAAAUGAGAUCCGUUUUUUGCCCCAGGGUUUGCAUAUUGAAACUCUGCUUGAAUCUUGGUGGGACAACUAUGAAGUUCUGGAAGAAAACCAUUCUUACAUACAGUGGCUAUUCCCUUUACGUGAACAUGGGAUGAACUGGCGUGCCAAGCCACUCACGUGUCAAGAAAUCCAGGCCUUUAGGAAGUCCAAGGAAGUUAUGCAGAGGUUUAGACGUGCUUAUCAGCUCAUGCUGAGAUUUUAUGGAAUCACUCUGAUCAACGAGGAAACUGGAGAACUUACGAGAGCAGAGAAUUGGGCUGAACGAUUUCAAAACUUGAACUGGUUUAGCCACAACAAUUUGCGGAUUACACGCAUCCUGAAGUGCCUGGGGGAGAUGGGAUACGAACACUAUCAAGUGCACUUGGUAAAGUUUUUCCUAACAGAAACUCUUGUUAAGGAGACAUUGCCAAAUGUCAAGAGAAGUGCCUUGGAUUACUUCCUGUUCACCAUCAGAAGCAAACAGAAGAGAAGAGAACUAGUCCACUACGCUUGGCAACACUUCAAACCUCGAGGCAGCUUUGUAUGGGGACCGCACGAGAAACUCUUGAAGUACAGAGCGCGCUCUACCGAGUCACAGCUGCACAAAAAGGAUGAAGAUAAACAGGAAACUCCUGGUAAACAAUGUGAUGAUUCUGUGGAAAAGGAUCAGAACCGGUCGUCAGAGGAAGAACAGAAAGCUGGAGAUGCUGCAGACAUGCAGCCUAAAGUGAAUGAUGAGGAUGUAAAAGAGAAGUUAAGUGAAUGCGUUUUGAAGGGAGGGGAUGGUGAAGAGGAGAAAGAGGCUUCCUUUACCCAGCAGGAGAAGGAUUUAAACAGUGAGACUGAAGAAGUGCAGGGUACGGCAGAAAAUGAUUGCACAAAGGAGAGCAAGAAGAGAAAACUGGAUGCAAAUAUGGCAGACGCUAAACAGAGUGGACCGUUGAAAAGCCCUACUGAUAUUGAAAACAUUUCCCGUAAUCUGGGAGAAUGUGCAAUUGAUGCAGAAAUCCCCUCCUCGGUUCCACUCCUAAAAGCAGAAGAGGACCAGGAACCACUGAAAGAAAACGAUGCAAGCAGCAAAGACUUAACAGUGCCAGAGACCACUGAUGCAGCUGUAAAACGGAGGAAAGUUGAUAAAAGAACAUCGAAAACCAAAACAUACAACUUGGCCAUAAACCUGAACAUGGGGCCCCCUGCCUCUAGUGCCAAGAUAAAUCCAUCUGUUGCAAACACUGAGACUGAAAAAGAAAACGUCAGUGAGAAGAAUGCAACCGUGGAAGCGACAAGCGAGAAGAGUUGUGGUGAUGCAAAUGGUGGGGCUGUGAGACCCCCAGUUGGUUUUGGGCUCCCCAAGACUGGCGGCACUUCUCCAGUAAGUGAUGGUUUGGGGUCGAGUGGCGAUCAAGUCACAGCAAGGAGCGCUCAGCACCACUGCAACAGCACGCUCCUGGGAGGCAAAAGUGAGGUAGAUGGGGUAGAACAGCAUAAAAAGGCAGAAGACGCAAGUGAAAAAGGGCAAGCAGAAGUUACAGGCAAGAAACAAGUUCCAGAGAGUCUUGAGGAGAGCGUGGCAUCCGCUUGUCCUGAAGAAGACAGUGCUGAGGUUGCAACACAAAAACCUGAAAGCUCUGAGCAUGCAGCAGAACCUGACGAAGAGCAGGUAGCAGCAAAGUGA